AUGGGGAACGAGGCCAGUAUGGAAGGGGAGGGACAGGCGGGACAGCCCGGCCCCGCCGUCCCUGCAGCAGGGGCUCCGGCUUCCAUUUCAGCACCACCGGACUCUGGACAGCUCAUCAAGCCCAGCAAUGGAGCGCCAGCCGGAGGAAGUGGGGCUGGACCCGGGCCGGGGAUUAACAGGCCACCUCCAUCAGACCCAGGACCUAAAGCAGGAGUGCAGAUCGGGCAUGGGACAGGUGACAGGUUGGCUUCCCAUGACACCCCACAGCAUGCUGCACCUCAUGGAGAGCAGGGCCAGGGCCAUGUGGCCAGAAAGAGUCUGCAGGUGGACGUGGGUAGUAGCAGAACUGGGAGGUCCCCUUCUGUGUCCCCAGACCGAGGCAGUGUCCCCACCUCCCCUUACUCUGUGCCUCAAAUAGCACCCAUGCCCAGCAGCAAACUGUGCCCCGUCUGCAAAACCACCGACCUGAUGGGCACUGGGGAUGACAAGCCGAAUUUCAACACCUGCACGCAGUGCCGCUCCAUGGUGUGCAACCAGUGUGGCUUCAACCCAAACCCUCACCUAACAGAGGUCCAAGAGUGGUUAUGUCUAAACUGUCAGAUGCAGAGAGCACUGGGAAUGGACAUGACCACACCACGCUCCAAGAGUCAGCAACAGAUUCAAUCUCCUUCUCAUGCAACCAAUCUAGAACCUAAACCUGAUGCUUCAACUCAGCCUGCACCUCAAACGCAUACACCUCCUCAGACACAGCCUCCAUCGCAGGCCCAACCAGUGCCUGGCCCUACUAAACAGACUGGUCCAGCUGGCUCAGGCCAACAACAAACAAAGCUGCCUCCAGGAGCAGUCCCUCUCCCUGGGAUGGCCAAGGCCCCGUCCCAACCUGAUUUGUCCCGCAGCUCGCCCGCCCACCAACCUCAGCACCCCCGCCAGGACCAGACACGCAGUGCAGGAAGCUCCCCUUCACGACAGCCCCCACCUCCAGAGCAGACUUUUGGGAAGUUGUUUGGCUUUGGUGCUUCUCUUCUCAACCAAGCAAGUACUCUCAUAUCUGAGACUACUCAACCCCAACAACAGCCCCCAAAACCAGCCCCCAAACCAGGAGGCGCUCCUGGUCCAGGACCUGGGGCAGGCAAACCCUCAGGACCUCAGCCUGUGCAACAAGGGCCUCGACCCCCUUCUCAGCAGCAACAACAGCAUCCUCCCCCGGACUCCUCUAAGCCCAAAGCCUCUUGCCCCCUCUGCAAAACAAAUCUCAACAUAGGUAACACAGCAGAGCAACCCAACUACAACACCUGCACACAGUGCCGCUCUCAAGUGUGCAACAUGUGUGGAUUCAAUCCCACUCCACACCUAGUCGAGAAGAAAGAAUGGUUAUGCUUGAACUGCCAGACACAGCGGGCCCUGUCAGGAAGCUUGGGAGAUAUUCCGCCUCCUGUUCCACAGCCCAUGGGAUCCCCCCGGUCACCUGCUCCAGCCAAUCAACAACCACCUCAACAGAAAGGGCCCAAUCUGCUAUCAGGGCCCAGGGCCACAGGUCCUCAGCAACAACAGAAACCAGCGGGUCCCCAAGUAAGUGGCCCUCUCUCUAAUGUGAAACAGGCUGGGCCUGCCCCUGAAACCAAGGGUUCUGCCCAACCUAAGGGUUCAACCCAACCACCUUCCCAAGCUAAGGGUCCAACACAACCCUUGGCUCAAAGUAAGGGACCUGGUCAGGUGAAAGGUCCUAAUCAGUCACACCCUCAAAGUAAGACCCCUGCUCAGUCAGCUAAUCAAACGAAGGGCCCGAGCCAGGCCAAAGGGCUGACUCAGACAAAGGGAUCUGCUCAGCCCUCUGCUCAGACUAAGGGCCCUUCUGGUGCCAAGGCUUCAUCUACCCCUGGUAAAGCUGCACCCAACAAUGCCAAGGCUUCUUCCACCCCUUCAAAAACCGUACCUACUCAGUCUAAACCCACAGGUAACAACCAGGCCCGCAAACAGCCACAAAGCCAGGAGAAGACUAAAGUUGCAUCUAAAUCUCUAAAAGAAGACGUCAAAGCCUCACCAAAGAAGGCAUUAUCAGAGACUGUCACUUCUCCAAAAGAGAAGAAGAUAGCUGAAGAUGCGCAGAAGUCAAGACACCAUGAAGAUUACAACAAAUCAAGUUCUCAGAGUUUAAGUGACACUGGAUACUCUUCAGAUGGCAUCUCAAGCUCUCAUGGGGAAAUUACUGGUCAGAUCCGGGAAGAAGGAAUCAAGCUCAAUGAAAGAGGUGCUUCCAUACCCUCAGAAAUCACCAAGUUGGAGAGCUCUAUGAAACCUCUGCUAGAAUCAAAGAGUGCUUCAGACCAGAAGCACAGGCCACAUUCACUGUCUGUAGGACAGGACAGGGAUGUCAGUCCUGAUGACGAUGCAGCAAGGGAUGAAUCAGAAGAUGACCUCAGUUGUAAGCUUCGGCAUGAUUAUGUGGAGGACAGCAGUGAAAGUGGUCUCUCACCAUUGCCAGUAAGACAGAAGAAAUCACAUAAAGAUUUAACAGAUGAAGAAUACAUGAGGAGGCAAAUUAUGGAGAUGAGUGCUGAUGAGGAAGAUUUAGAAGAUUAUGGAAAUCAGAAAGCAAAAAGACACAUAACAAGUGGGGAUUUAAGAAAAGAGUGGCGACGACUCUCUCAUCAUUCUAAUAGUUUUGAGGAGGACACCAAGGUUUCAGAAGGAGCUUAUAAGGCAAAUGAAGAGGAAGACGUUGUAAUCGCCGGAGGCCUUCGCCGCUUUAAAACCAUUGAGCUGAAUAACACCAACAGCUACAACCGAGACAUGGAGCUCAGUACUGAGCAUGACCUACGAGAACCAGAACUAGAGAUGGAGAGUCUCACUGGGUCUCCAGAGGAGCGGUCUAAAGGAGAGUAUUCAUCAACUCUGCCUGCCACCACUCCCAGCUACACCUCUGGAACCUCCCCCACAUCUGUGUCAUCCAUGGAGGAUGACAGUGACAGCAGCCCUAGUCGUAGGGCCCGACUAGAGGAGGCCAAGCAGCAGAGAAAGGCUCGGCAUCGGUCCCACGGGCCACUGCUGCCAACUAUUGAGGACUCAUCUGAGGAGGAUGAGCUUAGAGAGGAGGAAGAACUGCUUAGAGAACAGGAGCAGAUGAGAGAUUUAGAGCAACAGAGGAUCAGAAGUACUGCCCGAAAAACAAAAAGGGAUAAAGAAGAGCUACGAGCCCAAAGACGCAGAGAAAGGUCCAAAACUCCCCCAAGUAAUCUCUCUCCUAUUGAGGAUGCAUCACCAACAGAGGAGCUGAGGCAGGCUGCUGAGAUGGAGGAACUUCACAGAUCAUCAUGUUCAGAGUACUCACCUUCCAUGGACUCGGAGGCAGAAGGCUUUGAGGUGAUUGGUGGAAAGCUUUACAAAUCAGGAAAUGAAUAUAACCUUCCAACUUUCACUUCACUCUACUCUCCAACAGAAAAGACAGCAGUGUUACCGUCUGAUAAAACACUGAAAAGUGCAGAGGAGGUGUAUGAGGAGAUGAUGAAGAAAGCACAGCUCAUGCAGAGGCAGGGACAAAUAAUUAAUCAGCAGAAAGGUACCUCGCAGUCUGAUGAUAAGCAUCAUCUUGAACCUGGAACUGCCCUUACCCCUGGCUCAAGCCCAACACAGGUUUCUGCACCUAUGUCCUUCUCCACAACAGGCAGUGAUCCAAGAAUUCCAGGUAUUCAUGCAGCACAGCAUCUAUCAAAAGAAACACAAAACAGGAUGAUGACACAGAGUGCCAAAAUUGAAGGUGUUGUUGGCGUUGCCACAACAAAAGCUGUGAGUCAGACUGUCACAAAUCGCCAAACAGGUGGCACAGUGCCUGCUGGCACCAAAGUCGGCUCCCAGAGGCCAACACAGGCACCAUCUGACCCUGGAACAUCCUCCCUGACUUCUAGAGUCUUUUCCAUUUUCAAAGGUCCUAGCCCUCCAGUCUCUCCCACUACUUCUCCAGUGCAAAGUCCAACUCAUGCACCAUCUGUGCGACCCACUAGCAGUAGUGGGAGGCAGCUGCCAUCUUUGCCUGGUGGUCCUACAUCAGCUGCAGCAUCCCAUGGGGCUCAGACACCUCAAAGAGCAGUUUCACCACGUCUUGUACGACAGCAGUCCUCGCAAGAUUCACCAGUGAUGGUGAUAACGCUUGGCUCUGAAACAACUAGUCCUUCCAAGCCACUUACUGUUAAUUCUUCCACUUCACCUUUGUCAUCACCACAGGCUGGUUGUAAAACACUGUACAGCUCUCAGCCCCCUUCAGCAAGUUCACCAACAUCACCUCAAAGGCACCCAUCGCAACAGUCCCUAAAACAUUCUUCUCAGAUGGCUCAAAAUGUUGAAAAAGUAAAUGUAGGUAUAAGCGCUGGAUCUAUGGAAAUAUCUCUAGGUAAAAUUUCAAAUAUUCAAGGCACUUCAAAGGUUGUAGGUCAGGGUGAAGCACUUCCUGGCACUAAUGUUGUGGAUCUGAGAGCCCCAAUGAGGCCAGCUCCAAUUAUAAUGACAGACCAGGGGAUGGACCUAACAUCUUUAGCCUCUGACACGAGAAGAUAUUCUUUAGGAUCAGAGCAGCCAUCUGGUAGACACACAUUAGUGCAACCUCUUAUUAUGAACCUAAAUGCACAGGAGCAACCACAUGUAUCUGUAUCAACACCGACCACAGUUAGUGUCACAGUCGCAGGUUCAGCAUUCAUAUCCCAACCCAAGCAACCUGUUGUGUAUGGAGAUCCCUCAAACCGUGUGGACCUUGGGCAGGGUGUUGGAUCAGCUGUCUGUUUAACGCAAAGUAAGCCACCAAUCACGGACCCAGCUAUUCCCAUUGAUGCCUGUCUGGAGACUGGUAUACAACAGCAACAACUACAGUUACAGCAGCAGAAGCUCCUGCAGCAGCAACAGCUUCUGGAGCAACAGCUUCAACAGCACCAGCAGCAAUCCUCUUUUGCUCGUUAUAAUUUGGCUAAUCAAGUCCAGCCACUGCUGAUGAAAAAAGACCUUGUAGUGAGCCAGACAAGCAGCGCGCAGCCUGGAGUGACUGCUAGUGCCAUACCUAGAGUUUCUCCACUAGCUCCACCUUCAGUUUCUGGGGCUCCUGCUUCUAAUGUUCCCCACGAAUUGUAUGGUGGAGUUGCCUUAGAACUAAAAAAUAAGCCAACAGUAAUGAACCUAUCCACAGGUAAACCCCAUGUUAUGAUGGUGCACCUUGAUGAGAGUAACCCAUCACAAAGUGGCACAGUGACUCAACUGAUAAAGCGAGAGGAACCUCCUCCCCCUCCUCAGGUCUUGGAUCUUACAGGACAGAUCAAACCAGAAAACCAAGUGGCUUGUUGUGAUGUUGUUUACAAAUUGCCCUUUGCUGGUUCCUGUUCAGGGUCACUAACUCAGAAGUCUACCACAGUAUCCUCAGAUAAAAACACCACCACUGAAAGCUCUCAAGCAGCCCAUGCUCUCCCCACUCACUACAGCGUUAACCAACAACAACAGCAGCAACAACAACAACAACAACAGCAACAACAACAACAACAACAACACCAGCCUCAAGUUACACAAGGAAUGACAGAUGAACACAAACCAUACCAAACACCCAUAGUCCCCUCAGGAAGAAUACAGCCAUCCAUGUCUGAUACUAAUCUGCCUUCCAUGACUGAUGCCAGCCACUACCAGAGUAAUGUCCAAGGUGGUAUGGCAGUAGAUCUUAGCAGUAUGAAUCAGGUUUAUGAUGGUGGAUACCUUGGCAUGGGAGCUCAGUAUGGUUCUUACACAGACUUGCGUCACCAAGGAGAUCUUGCAGGCCCUUCAUUACCCCUUCGCCGGUAUGGCUCCAUGUCAAAUAUCAGUUCAGACUAUGCUUACAGUUCACGUGACCUAACAGGAUCACAGGACUCCAAUUUGGCUCAGUAUAGUGCAACCACUGCCAGGGAGAUUAGUCGCAUGUGUGCAGCUCUUAACACAGUGGAUCAGUAUGGGAGCCGGUAUGGAACUAACCCAGAAUUAUCAUAUGGGGCUGGAAGGGGUGGGCCUUUAGCAAGAUUAAAUCUCCAGCAAAGCUUAGCAUCAAUAAGAGCAAAUUUACUGUAUGGACCAGAUGGAAGGCCAACAGCAAAUGGCCAAACCUUAACAAAUCUAAUAAAUGCUAGACAAGCUAGUAUACGCGCCUUGUACCCUGCUGCUUUGAGGGGAGGUGAUGGCAUGAUAUAUUCCACCAUAAAUACUCCCAUUGCCUCUACCUUGCCAAUUACUACACAGCCUGCCUCGGUCCUGCGCCCCAUGCCUAGAGGAAUUUACAGACCAUACCCUACAGGUGUAACUGCUGUACCUUUGGCUAGUCUUACAAGAUUGCCUCAGUUGACUCCCAGGAUGCCUCUGUCCACGCAGGGACCAUAUUCUUACCCUCCUCCAAACCAGUAUCAAGCUUCUGCCACACCAUCAGGAAGUAUGCCUGGGGUAAGCAGCUCACACCAGGAAACUCCAGUGUACCUCGGAAAGCCUUUAACAACAGUUGCUGCACAAACACCUACAACAAUUGCACCACCGCAGCCUGUGGCACAGAAUGUUCCUGCUCCUGGGAUGUACACAACAGCUGAUCAUCAAGUAGACCAUACCUCACAGACUGUUACAUCUCUCUCUCAAGCUCAAAGCCAUCCACCAACUGUCCAGCCAGUGCAGGCACAGCAGUUGCCUCCACAAACUGAGCCGUUAUCUUUGACUCAAACCCAAACUCAAGCACAACCCGUCAGUCAGCCUCAACCAUUAGUCCUGCCGCAAAGCCAGUCGCAAGCAACGCCACAUGGUUCUGCCCAAGCACCAAGUUCCAAACUUUCUCCUACAACAGACGCUCAGAAAGGUAAGGAAGAUGAGAGACUAAGUCAGCAACAAGAGCACAUGCUGCAGUUAGAACGAGAGCGGGUUGAACUAGAGAAAUUACGGCAGUUGCGUCUGCAAGAGGAGCUUGAAAGAGAUCGUAUGGAGCUUCAGCGUCACAGAGAAAAAGAACAGCUACUGGUUCAGCGUGAGAUCCAAGAGUUGCAGACAAUCAAACAGCAAGUCCUACAGCAACAGCAAGCUGAGCGUGAGACACAGCUCAUUAUGCAGAGGGAACAACUAGCUCAACAGAGAAUGCAGCUUGAGCAAAUUCAGUCAUUGCAGCAGCAGCUCCAGCAGCAGUUGGAGGAGCAAAAAAGGCAAAAGACAGCAGCAGUGGAGGCAGCAGCGGCUGCUGCAGCGGCUGAAGCUGCUGCUGCAUCUGCUGCAGCCGCAGCAGCAGCGACAUCUGCCCAGGGUGCUAUUCAAGGGGUUGUUGUUGGAGGAGGUCCCCCUCAAGGGUUUAUUAUUUGUGACCAGAGUGGUAGAGUUAUUCAGCAAGAUGGGCAGAGUGUUCAGUUUUGGCAAGAUGGACAGCUGGUCCAAGCUGUGGUGGCUGCUCGACCUAUUCAUAGUUCAGCCUCUGAAAUGUCUUUAAGAAGCAGUGACAACAGGUUGACUCUAAGAUUAUGAAAAAAGCAGAACUCCAUGCCUCGGCUGAGGGAUGGCUCAGAGGAGGACUCUGUGAAAAGGAUUACAGACAGCUGUGUGCAAACAGAUGAUGAAGAUGGAGAGGACAGAUUCAUCAACAGGCGCAGGAGAACUAGGCGCAUUGCAGACUGCAGUGUCCAGACUGAUGAGGAGGACCAGGCAGAAUGGGACCAACAGCCAGUAAGGCGUCGGCGAUCACGUGUCAAGCACUCUGAAUCUAGUGGUGAGGCUAAAUCUGAAGGAUCAUCUAAAGUGGUUUCUGCAAGCAUAGCUAUUCAGACCACAAAUGACUCAUCAUGCCAAACAGAGCCUGACCAGCUAGGCAGGAUUUCACCUGCAAUCCACAUUACAGUGGCAGAGACCUCAAAGGUUGACCUAUUGCAUUACAUAGCAGCUCCUGAAAGAACCCACAAAGGAGAGAGUCUGGCCUGCCAGACAGAACCAGAGUCUCAUUCAGGUGUGGUCGCCCCUCAGCUGAGUGUCCCCACAACUAUCAGCCCUUACUCAACAAGUCUGCAUAUAGUUGGUGCGAACACAUCUGACCCUGUCUCCCCAAGACUCCAAGGAGUUGCUAAGUUUGAGAGGAGGAAACCAGACCCCCUGGAAAUUGGCUAUCAGCCACAAAACGAGUCUCGUCAGCCCCCAAAUCUCCCCAAGUGCUUAUACUCCCCUGUAUCUCCACUGUCUCCUCAUCGUAUGCUAGAGACAACAUUUGCCUCACAAGAGAAGCUUAAUAAGGCCCAUGUAACUCCCCAGCAAAAGGCAUUUACUGCCGAGUCACCCCAGCGCCACCAGACCCUGCCAAGACCCAUAAAAAGUGUACAGCGCUCCAUGUCGGAUCCCAAGCCUCUCAGCCCUACAUCAGAGACACCUGCCAAGACCAGGUUCUCUCCAUAUCACCAACAAGCGGUGUCUAACAGUCAGCAGAUGGCCUCCCUGCAGCAGCAGCAGAACUCUCUGAUGAGGAAAGUAAAGAGGACUCUCCCCAGCCCCCCUCCAGAGGAGACUCCACUUCCCAUUGUUACUCCAGCACAAAUGUACAGCUCUCCUGGCAUGCAUCAGAGGGUCCUUCCAAGACCUGCCCAGGGUGUUACCAAGGCUGGCCUUCUGAGUGAACUAAAAGCUGUGGAACAAGAGUCAUCGAAGCUUCGUAAGCAGCAGGCUGAGCUGGAGGAAGAAGAAAAGGAGAUUGAUGCCAAGCUGCGCUAUUUAGAGCUAGGCAUUACUCAGCGAAAAGAGACUAUGGUAAAGGAAAGGGAGAGGAGAGAAUUGGCCUACCUGCGAUGUAUGGGUGAUGCUCGAGACUAUAUGUCAGACAGCGAGCUCAAUAACCUUAGGAUGGCAGCUGCAACUGGAACCUUUGAUGCUAAUGGUUUGCUGACAAGGCCCAGCACUGCACCACUGAGUCAGUUUACGAAUGAUCUCAAUGCAACUUCUCAGUAUCCCUCAACUUCAACUUAUAUGUCUUAUCCAUACCCUCAAACGUCAACACAGCAGCCAGGCUCCUCUUACCAACAGAUAGGUUUUCAACCUCCUCAGUACCCUUCAUCCUCUGCACCACAGCCAGGAACGUUCCAGCCACAUCCCCCACCAGGCCCUGGAUAUCAGAACCAGGGAACCUAUUCCUCACGGAUGUAUGGCCAGUCCUCCUAUCAGACAGACAUGGGCAUGCAACAGCAUGGUCACCAGGGCUUCCAUCCACCUGCUCAACCUAUGCCAGGACAGAGCCUUCCUUACCCCACUCACACUUCCUACCAGCCUGGCCUCUCCUACCAGCCCCAGGCUGAGAUCCUUACAGUCCAUCAAAGACCAAGGCAAACUUCUUUGGCUGACCUUGAGCAAAAGCUUCCCACCAACUAUGAGGUCAUCAGCAACCCAGCAGUGUCAGUGGCCACAUCAGCUCCAGAUAGCAGCUAUGGUUCAGCCUAUAGCAACGCGUAUGGACAGUACCGCCCACCUGAGCCAGGCCUGACUCACUCUAUAGAAAGCCCCACCAGCUAUGCCACAGAUGGUCUCUACACCUCUAACUUAGAGCAGAGCAUUCCUAGGAACUAUGUUAUGAUUGAUGACAUCAGUGAGCUGACAAAAGACAGUAGUCAACCCACUGAUGUUCUGGGUCAUCCAGUCGGAGGGCGGUAUCGCAGUGAGAAUGGCCCAACCCGAGGAAGUGCAUAUGGUAGGCCUGAAGAUGAGUCUGUUGAUGCUUAUGGCAAGCCUACAGGUUCGACAGGUUACCAGACCACAGUUGACAGUCGCACUGGCACCACAGUGAGCGGAGGCUCUUCCUAUUACUAUGAUGAUUAUAAACACACAUCACGCAGCAGCUCUAGUAGCCACAAAUUAACAUCCAAGAAUCUCGCCCCUGCUGUAGUCUCCUCUAAACGUAGUAAGCACAGGAAACAGGGAAUGGAGCAAAAAAUUUCUAAAUUCUCCCCUAUUGAAGAAGCACGGGAUGUGGAGUCUGACCUUGCCUCUUACACAAUGACAACAUCAACAGGGGGCUCCUGUACAGUUGUGUCCAGAUCCAAGAAGCUUCAGGAUGAUGUCACCUAUGGAAUGAAGAAAAGUGCAUAUGACCAACAGAAAUACUAUGGCACCAGUCGUGAGGGCCUUGAGGAAGAGGAACGCAUGUAUAGCUCUGGUCGGUCCAGGUCUACAGGAUAUGGUAUGGACAAAAUUUCUUCCAGAGAUGCCACAGGCCACCGGAGUAAAUCCUAUGAAAGAGAUGCCAUGGAGCGGUCUCAGAGGAGCAGCCGCAGUGGAAGGCCUCCUAUGCGCCAGAAUUCAGAAGAGGAAAGCCCGCUCAGUCCUGUUGGGAAGCCUGUCGGCAUGGGAAGAACCUCUGGCAUCUCAGAAGCUCAUGAUGUAAGAAACCAGUACGGUUCCAGCCAUUCACUUCCAGAUGUGCAGGACCACCACAAGAAAGACCUGCCCAGGAGUCAUGUCUAUAAACCAGAUGACCCUUAUCUUGUAGAUGACAUGCACUGUGCUGUUUCUGACAGCGAAGCUUAUCAUUUGGGUCAAGAAGAGACUGACUGGUUUGAGAAGCCACGAGAGGCCCGUUCUGAUCGCUCAAGACAUCAUGGAAGUGGGAGUCACUCAUCCACAGGUAGACGUAGUAAACAUACCUACCAUGAUUAUGAUGAGCCUCCAGAGGAAUACUGUCCACAAGAUGAGUACAACCAACGCCACUCCUCCUCCACACCACGGGACCACCGUCACCACACCGGCAGCUCCGGCAGACACAGCUCUUCCCGCCACUCCUCGGAAGACUCCAGGUCCUCUCGAUCUUCCAGGACACACCCCAAAGACCCAUCUGGCCGUUCUGAUGGCCGGACCUCCUCAUCUACACAAAGAAGGAGUGGUGCAGACUCCCGUUCUGCAGGAAGCCCUCGGAACUCGGGAGACUUCUCUCGUGACUCACCACAUGGUCAUCACCAUGGCACUGGUGGUAGGAGUCAGAGGGGACAAGGAGAUCGCUCAACCUCCCGGAGACAGGAUCCCACUGCAGCAGGGCCUAAACCACAGCAACAGCAGCCCCCUCAGGGCCAUUCUGAGCAGCGAUCAGGUGGACAGGACCAGUCUGGGAGACAUCUAGGCACUGAACCACUUGAUGUUAACCAGCAGGCCCAGCAGCAGCAGCAGCAGCAUCAGCAGCAGCAGCAGCAGCAGCAGCAGCAUCAGCAUCAGCAGCAGCAUCAGCAGAGUGCACAACAGCAACAGCAACCGCCGCAGCAUGGCCAGACACAAAGCAGCCAUCCCAUAACAACAAGUGCAGGGGCUGUACCAGCACAGCAGCAACCCAAAUCUGGCCAAGCUCCAUCACAGGGACGCCAGCCUGGAGUAGGGUCUGCAGCAGGGCAGCCACCUGCAACAGCAAAACAGGAUGCCACACCUGCAGCAGCUGCCACAGGAAUGAAACCUGCAGCAGGAAUCCCAAUAGCACCUCAGCCUACCAAAAUAGCAACACCGCCUCUAACAGGCAUUGGCUCUAAGGCUGCCCCUGUUGGGAUCGGUAGCAAACCAGGAGGUAUAGGCAGCGCAGGAGCAGGUCAGGCACCUGCUGAAGGGGAAAAUGUUCUCACCAAAAUCCUACAAGGAGGGGCUGCAGAGCAAGCAGGAAAACUAGGAGAUGCUUUGUCUGGCCUUGGGAAGAAGUUCACUUCAUUCUGGUGAACUAAAGAGAGGAGGGGUAUGAAGAGUGGAAAUAAGAUGGAUUGGUAGCUUUGUACUGGAAAAACCUAUGAAACUGCUUUAAUACAUUUCACUUUAUGAAGGAAAUAGAGGAAUGCUGAAUGCAUCAAGGUGGAAUCAAAGGAUGCCUUGUCAGCACUCAAUUCCCCAGACAUGGGUGCAUGGCUGAAGUCGAUUAAAUAAGGGUGAUCGCUUCGUCAGCACAGUUUUACAAGACACAAGCAGAGGGCUGAAAGUGGACAAUGGUCAGUAAUAAUGAGGAUGAAGGGAACUUAAGAGAGUGUGAAAGGGGACAAGUCAUACUUCUCUUGCCUUUUCUGGAAAAAAAAAUAAUCCUCCUGGGACCUGUGUGACAGUAAAAUCCCCACUAACUGAGAAAGGUGGCUAUCAUAGGGGAAAUUGAGCAUGUUCAUCCUUGCGUGUCCCUUCUUUGAAGCUGCUCAAUAAAGAAAGCCUCACAGCGCCCUCUACAGGGAGGAUGAUGCAACACCACUCAUGUCGUUCAGGGAUGCUUGAUUCUACUUUGAUGUCUUCAGAACAUUUUCCUGCAAAACAUGGUGAAAAUCAAGAAAAAGAAGACAGAUUUCAUAGGUUUUCCUUGUACCAAAGAGACCAAUCUUAGCCCUAAAAAUAACACCACUUACCAGGAGCAGAACAGGCACAUCACGGCAAUGACAACCAACCUGAUGACUCCACUAAAAUUCUUCAAGGCUUGGUUUCUCUGAUCUCUACAGUACAUUCCAGUAUAGGGAAAAUUACCCUGUCUUUGAAUGUGUUUUUAUUUGUCCUUUUUGUUUCAGUGUCUACAGAAUGCAUUGUGUAAAUGUGGACAUGAGAAUGCACGCACAAAUGAAAAACUGGGGGAAAAAAAAAAAAAAAAGCCCAUAUCAAUACUUUUUCACCACCUCGAAGAUGCCGCUAGUCAUUAGCUGUAGGUUUUUAGGAAAGGGAAUUACUACCAGUGUGCCCACAUGUGUGAGAUUCACAUGGAUGAGAGGACCAAAUGAAAGAGUGGCCACGGCUCUUUAUUAGCCAUCACGAAGCCAUCGUUAUAUUCAGCCCCAGAGCCUUCUGGGACUUUAUCCUGUUUUGUUGAUUUGUCUAAUUUUUUUAGUUUCUUUUCAUUUUGCCUGAUAUUCACUGAAUGGAAGAGCCUUAUUCGGUACAUGUUUUACUUGUAUACCUCAUAUGUUUGAAACGUUCAUAUUGUCACAUUUGUUUUUACACUGUAUACUAUUGUAUGUACAUAAGACAAACCAGAGAUCUAAUUAUGUAAAUUUGUUGUUUGUGUAUUUAAUGAAUCACUUUCCAGUGACUUUCUUUUUUUCUUUUAUUUUUUGUUAUGUGGUUUUCUUUGGUAAACUUUUUAUUCAUAUUAACUAUUUUUCACUUUUUAUUUAUUUGAAUCUCCGAUUUUCUGCAUCAGAUAAUUUGCUUAUUGAUUUUUAAAGCAAUAGCAUGCAGAAAUGCUAUAUAGCACAAUGUGUAAAUGUAGUUUAAAGUAGUGAAGGGUAUUCUCAAAUACUUCUGUCAAUAAAUAGCCGUAAUACAAUUUGUCAGAGGGUUUACAAUCACAGUACCAUGUACAAACAUGCAUGAUAUAUGCAGACGCAUAAGAGCAUGCAGACGGGUACGAACACACUCACACUUUCUCCUCCUUUCUUUUUCUCACUAUCUCUCUACCUAUUUCUUGCAAACACACACACACACACACUGUUACACACUUUACAUCCCUGUUACACUUCAGAGCCAAGGUUAAUUGAGUUCUCACCAAAUAGACCUGCUAACCUCCUGCUGAUUGAUGAGGUUACCAAUUCACCAACGAGUUGAUCUCACUAACAAGCUGGGCCCACUGCCUCUAUUUGUGCAAAGACACACACGCACAUAUGCAGACACACACAUAUGCAGACACACGCACACACACACACACACACACACACGCACACACACACACACACACACACACACACACAGAUACAGGAGAGGACGAAAGCAAUUAUCAAUUCAAAUGUUCUAUGCAAUGACUCAUUUUGAACCUGGAAGUGAUUCAGCCUAAAACAGUUUAUUAUCAUCACUGUACUCACAAGAAAACAACAGUUACGAACUACGAUAGUAGAAAAAAGUACUGAAAAUGUUUUUACUUAGCAACUUGUCUGUAUGAAUUUGAAUAUUGAAUAUUGACCUAGAUUUUUCUUUUUUUUCGUGGCAUGUUUUGACCCCUCACUCCCCGCAUGGGGGACUUGUUGCCAAAGGGUAAACUGUGUUAGACUGUCGGUUUUGAAUGUCCACCAUCAUGUUGCUUUGAAGCAUGGGUUUGCUUGGCUUUGUCUGGCUGUUUGUAAGCCCUCAUUCAGUUUUUGUGCGUUUUGGCUGACCUGGGCUCCUCAGUGUUUGGCUUGCAGUGACUGUCCGUGCUGCUAUAAAACCUGUGAUACAGAUGGUCAGCACUCCUCAUUAAUAUGUGUCAAUGUACAUAUUGGGUGUCAGUAUAACCUGUAAGGAUGAAUGGAAUGCUUCUAUCAGAUAUUUCAUUGUUGAUUAACCCACUCAGCAGCCAAGCCAUUGGAAAGGUGCAUGAUUAGAAAUUAUAUUCUUGGAAGUUGUACCUGAUUAUUAAAAAAAAAAGGUAAGGCAUGAUUUCACCAAGGUUUGCCUAACAAACCUUGACUUUCACUGGCCAAUGUAGAGAAUAAUAAUGAGUAAAAUGUUCAGCCAGUCAUUCACAAAUCAGGGCAUGUCAUUUUGAAAGCACAAGCCUGACUGGUAGCACUCGAUGCUCGAUGAAACACAGAAAUAUUGAGGAUGCGUGACAGUGCCUCGGUAUAUCAAAACACGGUGAGGGUCGAUGAUGAGGUGCGAAUCAGCCUUCAGUGCAGCCACCUGGAUUAACAGAAGGGCAGACAGGCACAUUCUCACAUUCUUACUGUAAAUAUAAAUUCGUUCCUCUGUACAGCUUUUGAGUUUUGAGUACGGCUGUCAUGUGCAUCCCCAUGCCGUAUUUGCUGCCAACUUUUGUGUAUAAAAAGAAUAUUUAUUAUCACAAUAAUGAGGAUGACGAAACUAAUGAUGAGGAUGAUCAUUAAUAUUGCAUAAGCAUAGUGUAUGUGGCUGACUUGUAUUGACUGUUUACAACAGUGGAACAAAACUUGUAUUCAGAAACAUAUCCAGUCUCUGUGGAGUUUCUAUACAUAUUGUAUUUGUUAAACAAGAAAAAAAAACCUCCAUGGCAAUUGCAGAGUAGAAUGCCUUUGUCAGACUAUCAGGAGGUCCUUGUUUUGAUGGGUGUGAUCUGCAAGGUGAUGAAGGAAAGCAACUGAAAAAAGAAACUAAAAACCUGGAAAAUGUCAUUCACUGUUGUAAGUGCAAUGGGCAAAAUGUCAGUCGUGUAUCCAUUGUGAAACCUUGUGUUCUAUUCAGUGUAUUCCUGUAAACAGAGUAAAUUUUGGUGCAUCAUGUCAAGUAAUGUGAUUAAUGAAAAUAUUGACCCUGCAAUUUCCAAACAGAGAAAAUAAUAAAAAGAAAAGGAAUAUAUUGUGA